ACAGACGACGGAGGCCGUGUGGCUGACCAUCCCGUGGACGCAGGCUGAGGAUGCAGCGCUGGAAGGCGGCGGCCCUGGCCUCGGUGCUCUGCAGCUCCGUGCUCUCCAUCUGGAUGUGUCGGGAGGGCCUGCUCCUCGGCCACCGCCUCGGACCUGCGCUGGCCCCGUUGCGCCGGCCGCCUCGCACCCUGGACGCCCGCAUUGCCCGUCUGGCCCAGUACCGUGCACUGCUGCAGGGCGCCCCGGACGCCGUGGAGCUUCGAGAACUGACGCCCUGGGCCGGGCGGUCCCCUGGUCCGCGCCGUCGGGCGGGGCCCCGGCGGCGGCGCGCGCGUGCGCGGUCGGGGACACGGCCUUGCGGGCUGCGCGAGCUCGAGGUGCGCGUGAGCGAGCUGGGCCUGGGCUACGCAUCGGAAGAGACGGUGCUGUUCCGCUACUGCGCAGGCGCGUGCGAGGCGGCCGCGCGCGUCUACGACCUGGGGCUGCGACGCCUGCGCCAGCGGCGGCGAGUGCGGCGAGAGCGGGUCCGCGCUCAGCCCUGCUGCCGCCCGACGGCCUACGAGGACGAGGUGUCCUUUCUGGACACGCACAGUCGCUACCACACGGUCCACGAGCUGUCGGCGCGCGAGUGCGCCUGCGUGUGACCCUACCUCAGCCGGCCCGGAGAGACGGCGGCCACGGCCCCCGCCCCGACGGCACCCACGGUCCCGCCUGGCAAGCCCCGCGACAGACUGCGCACAAGCAGAAGAUGCCGUCCAGGGCCCAGGACUCUCGCGUUAACUGUACCAAAAUAAAGUGUGGAAAAUCCAG